UUCCAAAAGCAACAGAUACUGCCAGGCACUCCUUUCCCUAGACUAAGGCACCACCAGGGCUCCCUCCACCUUUCCUCCUGCCAUUUGCUUUGUAGCCCUUCUCUUGGCAAGGCUCAGGUGAGGAUUGCACCCAUUUUCCUAGUGCCAGGCUCACUAAGCCCCUUCAAAACACCCCUUCUUUUCCUCCUGUGCCAGUUUGUUCCUCCAGCGUUAGGAUUGCACUGGCUUCUUAGUGCAAGGGCUUGGGUGAGGAUUGGUGUCCCUGUCUUAGUACCAGGCUCACUGACUCCCUUUCAAGCAACCCCUAUUUUCUUCUUGUGCCAGUUAGUUCCUCCAGCAAAGGCUUCGGUGGAGAUUGGCCUUUCUUUCUUAGUGCAAAGUGAGUAUUGCCCUGGUUUUCUUAGUGCAAAGGCUUGGAUGAGGAUUGCACCCAAUUUGUUAUUGCCAGGCUCACAGACUUUUUCUUUUUGUGCCAGUUUGUUGUUGAAUGAUGUGGUGAGGGAGGGUGGUGUGUUGGAGUAACUGGGUCUGCUGUGCCAGGUUCAACCUGGUCAGCGAGAUACCCUUGAAAGCACCUUCCUACCCUCCUGUGUCUCCAUUACAGUCUUCGCGCUCCUGGUUCUGGAACAGAAAAUUUGAUUCUUAUAUAGAAAGCCCAUUAUAUCCUGCCAUCCUUUUGCCUUCUGCCUUAAGUCCCAGUGCGCCCAUAUUUCACUGCCCCUCAUACUACUGAGGCCUCUCUGUGGGCUGCAUAAUAUUGCUGCUUGGAAGCCCAUUUCUAGAUGGUCUUGGUUAAGGUGCUUUUGGGGGUUCUCCUGUAGUUGCAGCUGUGAAGAACCCAAUAAACGGAGUCCCCAUUUUACUGCCACGGCACCCAGCCUUUGGAGGAAGCAAGCACGGAUUGCUUCCUCUGUGCCCAUUUCUUCCUCACCAGUUAUAGGCCUCGGCUUAUAAUUCCAGUAUUCUGUGUUUCUUAAACUCUUUGUUAGGUCAUAACUACAUGACCGGUGUGCACUUCUUCCUCGUUGUGCAGAAGAAAACCCUGCAAUCUAACCUAUUCCUACUCAACAUUGCCUUGCCAAAACAAGACCAAAGGAGACGCCCUCUCUUCUUGCCUGGCUUGUGCCCAUUUUUGCUUUUGUACGCCACUGCCUCACCUCUUUCCAGAAAACUCAUCGCCAACCUUGCUAGGACCACAUAUUUAGGAUCACUAUACUGCCUUGUUAGGGCCACACAUCCCCUGCACUGAUCUUACCCAUAGGAACGAACCAUUUUGCUGCCAGGCAAAUCACAGCCUAUUCCCUAGGUCGAUAUUGUACGUCUUUCCCCUGCCAUCUUGUUCCUCAGAGGAGUAAGCAGAAGCCCUCCUUGCUGCUACUCUGCUGCAAAUCUCGCCUUAGUUUUGUCCUGCCACCCAGUUCUGCCAGCACAUGUUCAUGGGUCUGGACCAUGGCCUCAGAGGCGGUGAAAGUGAUUGUGCGUUGCCGCCCUCUGAAUGAGCGUGAGAAGCAGAUUGGCUGCAAGGUGGUGGUCUGCAUGGACAGCACCCGUGGCCAGUGCUUCAUCCAGAACCCCGUCACCUCUGAAGAUCCACCAAAACAAUUCACCUUUGAUGGGGCUUAUUACAUGGACCAGAACACAGAGGAGAUCUAUAAUGAAAUUGCCUACCCGCUCAUAGAGGGUGUGACAGAAGGCUACAAUGGUACCAUCUUUGCCUAUGGGCAGACAGGCAGUGGGAAGUCCUUUACCAUGCAAGGGAUUCUGGAGCCGUCUUCCCAGAAGGGCAUCAUUCCCCGAGCUUUUGAACACUUAUUUGAGAGUGUGCAGUGUGCAGAAAACACCAAGUUCUUGGUGAGGGCAUCUUACUUGGAGAUCUAUAAUGAAGAUAUUCGAGACCUCCUUGGUUCCAACACUAAACAAAAACUCGAGCUGAAGGAGCACCCAGAGAAAGGGGUCUAUGUGAAGGGCCUCUCGCUACAUACAGUGCACAGCAUUGCCCAGUGUGAGCACAUCAUGGAGACAGGAUGGAAAAAUCGUGCCGUGGGCUACACCUUAAUGAACAAAGACUCCUCCCGAUCCCACUCCAUCUUCACCAUAAACAUAGAGAUCUACGCUGUAGAUGAGAGAGGAGAAGAUCACCUCAGGGCUGCAAAGCUUAACCUUGUGGACCUGGCUGGGAGUGAGAGGCAAUCCAAAACUGGUGCUGUUGGUGAGCGCCUGAAAGAGGCCACCAAAAUCAACCUGUCUCUCUCAGCACUGGGCAAUGUCAUCUCGGCUCUAGCGGAUGGGCGGUGCAGACACAUCCCUUACCGAGACUCCAAACUGACCCGGGUGCUGCAGGACUCACUUGGAGGCAACACAAAGACACUUAUGGUGGCCUGCCUGUCUCCUGCUGACAACAACUAUGAUGAGUCUCUCAGCACCUUGCGCUACGCCCACCGAGCCAAGAACAUCCGCAACAAGCCCCGCAUCAACGAGGACCCCAAGGAUGCUCUGCUGAGAGAGUACCAGGAGGAGAUCAAGAAGCUGAGGGCAAUCUUGGCACAGCAGAUGAAUAUCAGCAACUUGCAUGUCUCGGUAAAAUUAUCUCAGCUGCUACCUUCUGAAGAUGCUCAGCCCGAGGUGGAGCCAGAACUUUCCCUAGAAUCCCAAGCAGAUAUUGAGAAAGAGAAACAACAAAUCCGAGAAGAGUAUGAAGAGCGCCUGGCCCGGUUGAAGGCUGACUAUGAAGCAGAACAAGAAUCUCGUGUCCGGCUUGAAGAGGACAUCAGUGCUUUGAGGAAUGCAUACGAGCAGAAAUUCCACAAUUUAGAAGAGAACCUUGGGAAAGAAGCAGAAACCAGCCAAUCAGUGGAAGAUGCCUCUGACCAAGGCCUUUCAUCUCCAGGCCCGGCUGAAGAAACAGAAGUUUCAGCCAGGGAGUCUGAUACAGCUGAGUGUCCUGUUCCUUCCACGGGGCAGCCCAUGGAGAAAUCGAUCCGACCGAGGACGCCUGGAACCAGUGUGGCUGAGGAUCUCCCUGUGCCUGUGAACCAGCAGCAAGUGCUUGCCAGGUUGCAGAUGCUGGAACAACAGGUGGUAGGAGGAGAACAGGCCAAGAACAAAGACCUGAAGGAGAAGCAUAAACGGCGCAAGAGGAUUGCGGAUGAACGAAAAAAGCAGCUGCUGGCAAUUCUACAGAGAUCAGAUGAAGACAGCAGUGACUGGGUCCUGCUCAAUGUUUAUGACUCCAUCCAAGAAGAAGUGCGAGCCAAAAGCAAAAUGCUGGAGAAGAUGAAGGAAAAGUUGCGAGUGGCUGAGACCGAAAUCAAAGAUCUCCAGUCAGAAUUUGAACUGGAGAAGAUUGAUUAUCUGGCCACCAUCCGGCGCCAAGAACGGGAACUCCUGCUCCAUCAGCAGCUCUUGGACCAAGUACAACCCCUGAUACGGCGGGACUGUAAUUAUAGCAACUUUGAUAAAAUCAAGCGGGAGUCCACCUGGGAUGAGGAAUCAGGUUGCUGGAAAAUCCCAGAGCCUAUCACUCAAAAGAUCAGCCUUCCAUCUGCAGUGCCAUCGAUGUCACAGAGCAAAACAGGCAGGAGAAGCUCAUCAUCAGAAAAUGGAGAUGCAGUGGCUGUGCAGGAAGAAGAUCGCUACAAGGUGAUGCUGAGCAAGAGUGACAGUGAGAACAUUGCCAGUAACUAUUUUCGCUCAAAACGGGCUAGCCAGAUUCUCAGUGCUGACCAUGUUUCCCGUAACUCGCCCCCUUUGAUGAACACCACCACCUCUAUCCUGACUUGCAGCUUGGCACCAAUUUCCCCUGCCCAGAUAGUGGAGAUGCCCCAGCCACGCCCUUUCCGCCUAGAAUCCUUGGACUUCCCUUCUUCGACCAAGACAAAACGCAAGAAAAACCGGAAUAACCUGAGCGGAGACGCACUCUGAUUCCGGGGAGUACUAGCCUGCUUGCUGUCCUUCUGUUCACCCUCACUGUGACCGUUUUGGUGCUGCAGCUGCUUUACAUGGAUUUUAUUUCCCUUUGUGGGAGAGUGAAAGCAAUUAAAUGCUGGUUCCCACAGACAGUUAGUCUAAUCAGUCCUCCAUGUUCAAGUUGGGACUGAUACCUCUCACUGUGAACCAUCCUAUUGCCAUUUUGUAGUAACACUGCCUUUUGAGCCCAUCUUUCUCUCCUAUUCUGUGCUGUACACAGCAUCUGUAAUGGAAACCCAACCUAGAAGAGACAAAUUAAGAAUUCUUAGAGAUGAUGGACCUUUGGCUUCCUCCACCUCACGACAAGCAUUUACAUUCUCCCUAACUUCUAACAGGGCAGGAAAUAGUUGGGCACAAUUUGUCCCAUCCCUCCCCUACUGCCAAAAGUUCAGAUCAAUGACAGGAUAGCGGCCUUAUCCUGCCUGUUCAACUCACUUUAGAUCCUGAUUCUGGUCUAGAAGAUUCUUGAGAAGGAAGAGAGAAGGCGAGAGAAAGGGCAACCAUUUCCAAAAGAAUGACAGAAGAGGCCUACUCAGGAGUGAAAUGAGGUCCAAAGGAGAAACCUCUCUAGAGAAGGGUGGAGAGAUGAAUUUUGAACAACACUGGGGCAAAUAAAGCUCAAGGAAGAGAAUCUGCAAGCUAAAAAGGUUAAUAUGGAAUUGGCCAAACCCCCACCCAGCAAUGUUAAAAGGUGCAGCUGAUAGUGCUGGGCAAGGUGGGAGUGUUUAUGGCAGAGGGAUGGAGGGAGGAAAGAGUUCUGAUGGGACUGUUUUCCCAUCAGAGGUACCUGAGGAAGCACCUAAGCUUGGAAGCUUGCUAACAAGUGGAGAAUGUAUCUUGCACAUCACUCAUCCCCUCAGCACUUAGAUGUUGCUUGAGGGCAGAAAGGAAGCUUUUAGGUCUUUCGGGUUGGGAAGGACUGCAUUGAGACCCUAUAUAGAUUCCACAUAAGUGCUUCUUAUUCAAUGGGUUCCUCUUCUGCACUGAAGGCUCUGUAUUCUUUUUACCUCUGGCACUCAGAAAACCACAUAGAUUCCAUGUACAUCAAGCUAUAAUGGAGUCUUCCAGAGAGCUCCAAUCUGCACUGAGAUCACCUCAAUCCAGAAUGUGUUCUUACCUCCUUCCUUGGGGUAGCAAGAGCUUCAGCAGCAUUCUCACAGCCUUAUUCAUAUACUUCCAGAAGUUUGCAAAUCAAGUCAUUUUCACGAUCCACACCUAGGAACUAAACCUGGGGUUCUGGUUUGCACAGUUAUUUUUUCCUCUGGAUGAGAACAGUAGAACAAGCUCCCAUAAUGGAUCCAUGUAGAGGUUGCACAUUACUUCUAGACACUGUAUGUGUAUUGAUUUAUUUUUUUUUCAUUUUCACCUUUCAUGUGAGCACAAUAAACUGCCUGUUAAUGAGAAA